UAUAAACAUUCGCAUUGUAAACUUUAAACCAAAGGAUGAUUCGAAGUUUAUCGUAGUAAAAUAUCUUAAAAAAGCUGUUUUGAUUUACAAUGUCCGCAACCGAGAAGGCAUUCGACUAUGUCGAAACUGUGAACAUCGGCGGACAGCCGACGGAUAUCGUGUAUCACCGGUUCGCGAACAAAUCGUUUUUACUGGUCACCCAACGGCAGAAAAUAACCAAUGUUUACACGGUGCGUAAUCAAUCGUCCCAAGAACAGGCCAAUGGUUUUGAAGGAUCUGCCGGUAACAACCGGAUUUACAGUAUAAAACACACAUUUGGUGCUGCUUCAGACGAAACAGAAGCGGCCAUAAGGUAUUUGAUGAAUUUUAUUGAUUUGAAUGAGGAGAUUGUGAUCACGUUAGGAUUAGAAGAAAUCAACAAAAAGUCACUCGAUACAAUCGGGACCCAGCUGAAAACAAUAGUUUAAUAGACGAUUUAACUUAAAUAAACAAAGGUCCCGGCAUGCACACGAUUAAAUCCA